UGAUUUGUGGAAAGGUUCGGUCCAAGAUCCUUGGUUCGGUCAAGAUCAAUCUUGAGUUUUCCAAAUUACACACAUAUAAUUCUCUAUAAAGCCAUGAUACGAUUGAUUCAGUGAUUUUGCUCUUUGAUAACUUUGAUGGUGCAAAACAAUUGAGUCAAUCAUGAGUGAGGAGAACGUGCAGGAGUUGAAGGAGCGCGGCAACGCGUGCGUCAAAGAGGGAAAGUUUGAGGAGGCUGUUCUGCACUACACGCACGCCCUGUCCAUCGAGCCCGGCAAUUUCUCGCUGCACAGCAACCGCUCUCUGGCCUUCCUCCGGAUGCGCCACUUCUUCCUCGCCCUGCAGGACGCUGACGAGACCGUCAAGCUCAAUCCCACCUGGGCCAAAGGCUAUUUUCGGAGGGCGGAGGUGCAAUUUGCCACCUUCCACUUUGCAGAGGCCCUUCAGUCGUACCGGCAGGCGCUGCUACUGCAGCCGGACGAUGCCUCCAUUGCUGGGGCCAUCGCAAGGACCACCCAUGAGUGCCACAAGGACAAGAAAGCUGACGACCAAAUUCCAUGGCUCGGAGCUGGCAUCGGAAUCAUUCUCGGGGUCAUCAUUGUGAUAGCAGACCAAAUUGCCACAGCCAAACCGUCCCUUUCGCACCCCAUCCUGAUGGUGCUGACGACAAUGGGGGUGGCGAUGGUGGGAUAUGCGUUGGCGCGCGGCUUCCGGCACUAUGUCAAGUGCCAGCGGAAGGCGUUGCUUGAGCCGCCGCCAGACCUGUCCGCGCGCCCGCACCCUGAGGACGAAGGUGAAGAUGAGGAGGUGCCCGAGGGCAAGACCCACACCCCCCGCUAUUCAAAGGCACAGGCGCGGCAGCGCUUCAAGAAGGGCAAGAGCAGCUAAACCCUGAGUGAGACACGUGCACCGCCUGCGGCCUUUCCUCACUCCCGAGGUGUUCGGGACAUCGAGUUGGGACUCGACCCUGACCUUUCUUAACCUGCGUCUCAGUUUGGACCAAACUGAUGAUGUGAUUCCGCUAGUUUUGUUUAAUGUGAUCUCCUUUUUUAUUGCCAGAGAUAGUCUCUGUCAAAGUUAUCAAUUGUGUUGUGAGUUUUAACUGGAAAAUUAAAAGCAAGUUAUACAAAACUGUUUUUCUUUUAGUCUGCGGAUUAUAGAUUUAUUCAGGUUAUUUAAUAUUAU